GACUCGACUCAAGAAGGUCGUUUUAAUUUGUUUGCACGCUUGGUAAUCAGUCCAUGAUUUUCGGUCGACUUUUUCUGUCUCCUCUUUGUAUCGCCAUUCGUCUUUGGAGUAUAACGCGCUCUCUGCGAUUUGUUUCGAUUAAUUGUGGAUUAAACGUCGUUGGGGCUAAACGCGGCACGCGCUACGGACUCAAUUUGCGGAAAGACUUAUAUUUCGACGAGAAAACGUUUUAUUUGUGAAUUUGUUGUUGGUGGUGAUAAAGUCCAAAGUUAUUUACGUUGCAAGGCAAGUGGCAGUAAGGAAGUCCAUCAUCGAUAUCUCUUCCCAAAAACAACAACAACAACUACCACUUGAACGGAGGCAGCACUGACAUCAAAACGAAAAAUAAAACGAAACGCGACGCAACGCAACGUCCAGAGUGAUGCGAUGAGCGGACUUUGUUAACACAGGUUUUUCAUGUUCACGUAAUAACAACAUUUAGCCGAAAUAACACAAGGUGUGUAACGUGCAACGGCAACAGCAACAGCAGCGGCAGGCGAAGCAUCUUGCUAACCAAUUAUUAUUAUUGCCAGCAAUUGCCAAUAGCUACCACCAACAGGCAGCAACAGGCCAAGUUGCAAAGACCAAUAACCGCAGUCAGACGAGUUGUGUGCAUCACACAUCACAUCACAUCACCGCAUCGGCAGCGGAGCAGAGCACAACACGAGCUGCAGAAGGCUAACAAUUGGAGCAAGUGCUUCGAUUCAGACCACCACGCGAAACGCUAAACCAUCCCCCUGACAGACGCUGGCAGUUCCUCAAAAUAGCUAAGCACGACAUCAUUGCCCAUACCGGCACCAACAGCAGCAACAUACCGCCAGCAAUUGCAGCAACUCGAGAUAUCCGCGGCAGGUACAUAAUCAUCGGAUCAUAGCGCUGCUGCACAGGAAAAGAGGCAGACGCCACUUCGCUCCAAACAACAUUCCAUAACAUCCGAAAAGGAGUUCAAUGAACGCGGCUCCCUAAGCCAGCAGCAGGCGAGCGGAAGCAACUCUAUUUCCUUCCCGAACGAACCAGUUUCCAGCAAAAAAGCUUCCUUCCGUCAUUUCGACAUUUGUCCACUUCCCCUUGUGCUGCCAUUGUGCAUUGCCCCGGUCCUCACCUCCUACAUCCAACCAACAGUAUCCAUUGUCAAGGUCAUUCUUGUGAAGAGCUCGAUGUAAAAUGAAAGCAACCACACAAUGCAGUAUUUGGUCUCUCAUUGUCUUAUCAGCAGUGUCGGCUACAGCUCAGGUGAUUGAAGGUAACGCACACUUCUUGCACACGCCAUCGCUGGCCCCAGCAUUACAGUUGACGGCUACGCCCACAACCCCCUUCCAAGUCUCCUCGUCGACGCAGCCUUACGCUACCUCUCCAAAUCAGCCACCAUGGCUAGAUAACAAACAUUUGCCUCCAAGGGAUCAAAAGAAUACAGCGCGCAACCUCUACGCCCCCUAUCAAAGCUUUUCCAAAGCAGAUGUUGCCAAUUUUCCCAACGUGGUUAUAAGGCCUGAUGGCUCAGCGGCGCAGACCUUCAGUGCGUAUCGCAAAGGACGUUCGGGGGCAGCGAAUCUCCAUCAGGCAAACAGACGUUCCGACAAUGCUGAAGUAGAGAUAAUCAACGCCCCGGCAGUGGAACUUCCCUCCAGUCCUUUGAUAACCAUACCCAAGAACGUCGUUCCGGCCACGCUGGCCACCAAUUUCACCAGGCAAGGACGUAAACGAAAUUACCUUUAUAUUCCUCUGCAGCAAGACCCCUCCCAGAACUAUCUCUUGCAGCUCAAACCGAAGGGUAAUACAUCGUUGAGUGAUUUGGGACCACCAACGAGUGAUGUGCUGCCGGCCGUACCAGAAAUCGGAGAAGAGGUGACACCAUCGGCGGACAGAACAGAACGCAGCGAUAGUUUUCCAGUCAGCACACCUACCUCAACGGAUCGGUACGACCGAGGCGAAGAGACGAGCAGCCGCCGGGUGGGUUUCCAAUUCCCCAGCUACAGUCUGAGCCCCUCGAGUCCAUUCCAACCGCAGGGCUACCGAGAAGACAACCCCGUAUUCGGCGACACGUCUGGCUUUGAAGAGGUUCCGUUGCAAGACAAGCGUCUGACUCGCCAAUUGGUCUUCGAGCCGGAUGUUUCUCCGACCUCAUAUUCGUAUGACUUUUCCGGCAUAGGAGCUAGCACCAUUCCACACACUUUGAACUCUGCCGUGGCAGCUGGAAAACAAUAUCGUGAAGAGGUAACGAAAUUUGGUGACAUCAAUGGGCCCAUUACUGCUCUACCACAGAGACCACAGAGAGGUCUGUUCUUUGGAGAUACUGAGUUUCGCACCGGCUCCCUCGUGAGGCCUUUUACUCCGCAGAAAACAUUCAAUGACUACAUUGGUGCCGUGGAUCCGUCUAGUUCUCGCAAAAGUCGUUAUUAUCCUUUCAAGUCAUCGCGUAGCCCACGAGUGGUCUUCCCCACCAACGAUAAUGUGGGCGCAACAGGGCCCAGUUCCACCGGCACUGGAGUCUAUUUCAACGAUAACGUGGUGUUCCGUGAUCAAAAUUUCGGUCUCAACGAAUUGGCGUCCGUUCAAGAUGUUCGCAACGAGUUUAGUUUACAGGAUCUGGACAGCACCUCGGAGAGCAGCAGUCUGAACGGAGCUCAGUCGGCGAGUACCUUUAAGGAAAAAGUUGACAUCACAAGCGAACUGGAGUGCCAGCAUCGCGGUGGAACCUGUGAGUUUUUCGUAGGUUGCUGGAUGACUGGCGGCCUGCUGCAGGGCACUUGCCACGGCUUGUUGCGCGGCUGCUGUCACCGCACAGCAAAGUCAGCCAACUUGCGCACCUCCGAAUACGUGGGCAACACAAUCGAUUUGACUGAUCUUCCGCAAAAGACAUAUGGACCCGUGAAAAAUGAUCCCAGUUGUGGCAUUUCAUUGGCAAAGCAGACGGCCCAGAGACGCAUUGUCGGUGGUGACGAUGCCGGUUUUGGUUCCUUCCCCUGGCAAGCCUACAUUCGCAUUGGAUCAUCAAGAUGUGGUGGAUCUUUGAUAUCUCGACGACACGUGGUAACAGCCGGCCAUUGUGUGGCAAGGGCCACACCGCGACAGGUCCACGUAACAUUGGGUGAUUAUGUCAUCAAUUCAGCCGUGGAACCUCUGCCAGCCUAUACCUUUGGAGUGCGGCGCAUCGAUGUACAUCCCUACUUCAAAUUUACACCUCAGGCGGAUCGUUUCGAUGUCUCAGUGCUGACGCUGGAGAGGACUGUGCAUUUUAUGCCUCACAUAGCUCCCAUCUGUUUACCCGAAAAGAAUGAAGAUUUCCUUGGCAAAUUUGGUUGGGCAGCGGGCUGGGGCGCUUUGAAUCCUGGUUCUCGAUUGAGGCCCAAGACAUUGCAGGCAGUCGAUGUACCCGUCAUUGAAAACCGAAUCUGCGAGAGAUGGCAUCGUCAAAAUGGCAUUAACGUUGUGAUAUACCCGGAAAUGAUGUGUGCCGGUUACAGAAAUGGUGGCAAAGAUUCAUGUCAAGGAGACUCCGGCGGGCCCCUGAUGCACGAAAAGAACGGACGUUGGCACUUGAUUGGUGUGGUCUCAGCGGGUUAUUCGUGUGCCUCACGCGGCCAACCUGGCAUCUAUCAUCGCGUGGCCUAUACUGUCGAUUGGAUUUCCUACGUUGUCGGUCUGACGGCUAACAUUUAAAUGCUGCUCUCCCCAUCCAUCCAUCCAAUUGCACUGUUCAUUCAUUUUCUUCUGUUGUAAAUAUACUGACUAUUGCUGCUACUAAUUCGCAUGGAAUCCAUGAACUGUAGGUGGAACUGGACCUACACAACACAACUGUAUUGCUUUUAACGCCUAACGUCCUACCUUAGGCUGAUAUUAAUAAUAGGUCUCUCAUUAAUAUAUAAGAUACUUAAGCUCAAAAUGCUAAGCUAUCAUCACUCUUCCCCUCUCCCCUUUCACACUCUAGCAUUAAUUGUAAGAACAUCCAUUUAAAUUUAUUUAUUAACAUAUUUUAUAAAUAUUUUUUAAUGUUACAUUCCAAGCACAUUGGUCUGUUUUGUAAGCGAUACAAAUCGAAAUGCAUAUUAGUUAUAGAUUGUUAAAAACAAACAUCAUAUUUAUUCAAAUGAAACCACAAACAAAUAAUUUAUUUUAUUAUUUAAAAAAAAAA